CACUCUGUUUCUCUUCCAUUAAUGCCCUUCUUGUUGGGUGACCUGGUCACAAUUGAUAUAGGGUCUCACUCCUAUCUCAGUCUCUUAAAAACUGCGUGUGUUUUGUGUGUGUAUGUGUGUGUGAAGUUGCAGCACUGCGUUGUGAAGGUGUGUGAUAAUGGCGAAGAUGUCACAGAGGAAGGUGAAGAACGCUGAAAAUGGCAGCACGACUUCAAAGACGAAGACGAAGCGGACUCGCAAAAGCAUUCCCAGAGACUCUCCUUCCCAACGGAGCUCCGUUUAUCGGGGUGUUACAAGGCAUCGUUGGACGGGUCGGUAUGAGGCUCAUCUCUGGGAUAAGAAUUGCUGGAAUGAAUCGCAGAGCAAGAAAGGAAGACAAGUGUAUUUAGGGGCAUAUGAUGAUGAAGAAGCUGCAGCACGUGCCUAUGACUUGGCAGCAUUGAAGUACUGGGGCCAAGACACCAUCCUCAAUUUUCCUCUUACAAGUUAUGAAGAAGAGCUCAAGGAGAUGGAGGGUCAAUCAAAAGAAGAAUACAUUGGAUCCUUAAGAAGAAAAAGCAGUGGAUUCUCUCGAGGAGUCUCAAAGUAUAGAGGCGUAGCAAGGCACCAUCAUAAUGGAAGAUGGGAGGCUCGAAUCGGCAGAGUCUUCGGCAACAAAUAUCUUUAUCUCGGAACUUACGCUACACAAGAAGAAGCAGCCACGGCAUAUGACAUGGCAGCCAUAGAGUACAGAGGACUCAACGCCGUUACAAACUUUGACCUCAGCCGUUACAUCAAUUGGCUCCCUCCUAAAGCCCAGGACUCUCCUGAAAACCCCACAAGUGAUCACAGCACUGAGUCAGGAACAAACCCUAAGCCUGAGCUUGAAUUAGGUUUUGUGUCCCACCAGCUCAAUUCAAACUCUGGUGAGACAAUGGUGGCCCCACCACGAUCCAGCGGUGGCGCUCCGUCAUCAUCUGCACUAGGGCUUCUCUUGCAAUCAUCAAAGUUCAAGGAAAUGCUGGAGAGGACUUCAGCUGGAGACCAUAAUUACUCUGCAACAGCAACUUCAGAAUCAAAGCCUCCUCGUCGUACAUUUCCUGAAGAUAUUCAGACAUUCUUUGAUUGUCAUGAUUCAAGCAGCUAUACUGAAACUGAUGACAUCAUAUUUGGUGAUUUGUGCUCGAUUGCUGCUCCAAUUUUCCAUUGUGAGCUUGAUGCUUAGAAAAUUUUUUUUCAACCCAAAAGUUUGGAAGAAUAGAACUAUGUUUAUUUGGUAGAUUCGGUUGUACCUUGGUUUUAUAAGGUGUAUAAUCAAAAUACAUGAUCAGCUAUGAAAAAAACAGAGAGGCGUCAGGACAGGAAUUCCAAAGAAAAUCUUUGGGGCAAGGGUAAACAAAUGAGAGGAUAAGAUUCUUUCAAUGAUACUUACACUAGUAUUUUCCUGCUUGUAUGAAAAUUUGCUAUUUUUUUUAUUGUUUU